UAUGCCUUCCAAGGGUGGUGGUGGUGCGAGGUCCCGUGGCUCAGGCGGCGGUUCACAAUGCGUCAAGCCUGGCGCACUAGGCUUCAAGUCCGGCGGAGUAGCAAAGGGAUCCGUCACAGCAAAUAUGAUGUCCUGUCAAGGAUCGGUGAAAUCCGGUUCGAAGGUGGCACAGCUACAGAGUCAAGGAGCCAAAGGUGGUGCACAGUCCGGUCGUUCAGGCGAAGUAUCGAGGAGCGUGCAGCCCAGUGCUCUGGGCUUCAAGCCAGGCGGGGUGGAGAAGGGUUCCGUGGGUGCCAGGAUGAUGUCACCCAAGGGCCUGUGGCGUCAAGCUCGGUGAUUGCCAAGAUGCAGAGCAGCGGGGCGAAGGGGACUUCAGACGGGGUAGCCUGCAUGACUCGCCCGGGAAAGAGCGGCGAGUCCCAGUCCGUCAUGUGUAAUAUGAAGAAGUAGGCUUAGACGGAUGGGAGUUACGUGACGAACAACAGUUGCAUGUACCAGACAGUUUCAAAAUAGUGAAGACUAUAUAAAAAUAUAUAUUCCCCGCCGUAAAAUGAAUGUUUAUGGAAUACUGUACUCCAUUUAACUCUUGCGAAGGAGACUGGAUAAAAGCAGAGUUGCUAUUUUCGAUUUUUUCCCCAAAAAUGAUUUUUUUCUUUAAAGUGCUAUUUUUCUUGCAGCACAGAAGUUAUUCACUUUUGAAUGAGACAUCGACUGAAAAAUAACCAGCCCAUGUUUAGUUAUUGAAUUAUUACUAUACAAUUUCUAAUUAUCGGCUGUCAGACAAUAGUUCCAAAUUUCCGCAAACAAUUUCUUGGUAAUACGUGAAUGUGGGUAUGAAAAUUUGUUAUAAUAACAUACAAAUCGAAAUUUCUAUUUUCAAUUGAGGUUAUUAAAACAUUCA